CAAUUGCUUCCACCUCGUCGUCCGUUUAUAUUCAGAUAGCUCUACAAUCCACUCGUGCUUGCUUCUUGUUAUCGCAACAUUGUGCGUCUUCUAGUCUACACCUAAUCGAAUUGCUAGGUUCCAUCCGUCAUGACAACACAACCUGCACCCGCCAUCCCCCCUCGACCGUCAAGGUCGCCUAACCAGCAGGGUCUUGCACCCGCAGACGUGCCCAAGAUCCCACCACGUCCCACUCGUCGUUUUGACCGCUCCGUAUCUCCUCUUCGAGAUAGCUACGCUCCGUCUCCCUUGAAUGAGCCACCCAAUGGCUCGAGCUUGACUCGCACCAUUUCCCAAGAUGUGCCGCAGCGACCUCCGAGUGUGACGAUACCUUCCCUUGGCGAAGAGGGUAAUGAAUACGAAGCUUUGAACAUAGCUGAUGUCUCCGAGGGCCACCAUUCGACUCCCGCAGAGAUGCGCAACGUGGGCAGCGAUCUGAAGCUCCAUGCGCCGAGGCCUUCACUACCCUCUUCCAGCGCCAAGGCCAAGGUGCAGGCCGUCACACGUACAGAUUCUCGUCAGGCUGCAGCAGCAGGUCUUGGUGGGACAUCAUCCCCCACUCCUGAUGACCACCAUGAACGACCCACUCGCUCGUUACAGUCUCGAACAAGUUACUCGCGUGCGGACUCUUCGACUUCCAUUGAUCGACGACUAUCUAUGAACGGCGAUGAGCAUGGGAUUAGGGUUCCAAUGUACCCUAAUGCGGGCGAUGUACAAGCCCCUUCUCCAAGUCCAUACCAUCUGGAACAGAAUUCGGGCCAGCGCUCGGGCCGCAGCCAUAACCGAACUCGGAGUGGUCGUGAAGCUUCCCUGCCACCAGGAAGCUAUGGUCUUCACGGACAUGGCGUGCAGCCCAAUGACAAAUUCGAGAAGGCCUGGUAUGAAAAGCACCCCGACGAAUAUGUCAAGGAAGAGCAGGGUCAAUAUGGCCCCGGAGUUGGAUCGCCACGACCAGACUGGGCAUUGAGUAGUGAUGAUCUGAACAAGAUUGUACGGGGCUCUGCUGUGACCGGGAGUGGACUUGGCACGUCACCUGCUGUAAUCGGAACCCCAGAAGAGGAGGUUGGUUACAUUGCCGCUGACGAAUACACUCACCGUCUAUCAUCACCGCCGCCUGGAUCGCGCCGUGGUUCCCGCCUUGUCGCUGAGUCACCUUUGCGCAAAGAGAGCGUGCCUUCCGUCGAGACUGAGGGCCAGCAACAAACUGCGACCUCUGAAGAUACCGCUCACAAGUCAGAAGAACCAGGGGUGAUACACGUUGACGAACCAUAUCAUCAUCUACACCAUCCUGAUGGCUUCGCUCAAACUCCAGGUCCCGAAGAACUCUCUGGAAAAGUUAGGGAGGGUGAUGGAGAUGAAGAUGAGCCUAUUCUGGCUGCUGAUGAGGUGCGCCCAGAAUCUGCUUUCCAGCAUCCCGCCGUAUCCCCCACAUUCGACAGAAGGGAAAGUGUGGAGGUCGACAGGAGUCACACCCCAAGUGUCACCCAUAGCCGCUCGGACAGCAGAACUGCGAGCCACCGCAACAGUUUGCCAACUCUGGCAAGGUACAAUUCGCGCGACGAACGGGAAGAGACGCAUACCCCACUUGAUGAUGUUGAGGAAUAUGAGCCUCUGUUCCCGGAGGAUGAUGAUGCAGAGAAAAAACCUCUUUCGACCGCCGACCGCUUUAAAAAGCGGCCAGAUUUGCUCAAGCACCGGUUCCCUAGCCAAGACAUUUGGGAGGAUUCGCCGAAUAGCUUGCAAUUGCACGCUACGGUAUCUACACCGGAUGUUCCUAAGAACGAAAACUUUGAGACUCCGGAGCAGGAGUCCUUCCGUAGAAGCCAGGCUACCCGCGUUGAUCCACACAAAGUUGCAUCACAGAUUCUACAAUCAGAAGAACGUCUCGACGAGAAGCCUGUUUCACGCCCAGACAUUGCCAAGCAGCGCUUUCCCAGCAGGGACAUCUGGGAAGAUGCCCCCGAAAGCCAAAAGCUGGUAACCACAGUAGAGCCGGCAGAAGAGGGAGAGGUCAAGAGCCCAGAUGUGCCGACGAAACCUAGCAUACCCGUUCGACCCCAGAAGCGUCCUCAACAGGCCCCCCCAGUGGAUGCUUCUACAAAGCCAGUCACCUCGCCUAUUGAAAAACGCCAACCACCUUCAAUUCCUGACCGUCCCAAGCCCCAAGUCCCGACCCGGCCAGCUAAGCCCGUGUUCCCUGGAAAUGGCGGAGAGUCUAAAGAUGCUGCGGCCAAGCCGAAGCCAGCAGUACCGGCCCGUCCGGGAGGCAGUAAGAUCGCUGCUUUGAAGGCAGGGUUCUUGUCAGAUCUAAAUUCCCGCUUGCAGUUGGGCCCUCAAGUGCCACCGAAGCCACAAGAGAAGAAAGCAGAGGAGCCCCCGGCAGAAAAAGCUCCUCUAAGUGAUGCUCGCAAGGGAAGGGCCCGUGGGCCCGCACGGAGGAGACCGGCCGCCGAAAAUGUGGCUGCAAAGUUGCCGACGAUCUCAGAAGUCAGGAUCACUGAAACCUGGAAUGUUUGGGAGGUUAAUGAGGCUGGUAAUUUGGUUGUUGGCAGUGAAAAACAGGUGAAUAAGAACGAAGUCGUUGCUCCGGACACAACAACGUCAGAAGACACCACCAUGGCUCUCCCGAUAGCCAAGAACACUGCCAGCGAGUCGGCUGCCCCGGACACGACAACGUCAGAAGACAACGCCAUGGCCCCCCCGAUAGCGAAGAACACUGCCGGUGAGUCGGCUGAUCCUCAACCAACAUCUCCCAUAGAGGACCCGGUAUCAUCGAGCGAGUCAACCCCAGCUAAACCCCAGCCACCGACAUUCACAGAAGCAGCCCACACAGUAACGAGCGCCCUCGAUGAUGAGGGUCCUAUCGUGGUACCUGCAGCCAAGCGAGAUGAGCCAGAAGCUUCCUCUGAAGCGGUAUCUACCGAAACUGAUGUCGAUAAACCGCAGAGCACUUUAUCGGCCGAAUCAGGAUUAGAGGAUGUUGCUGAAGUUGCGGCUGCGACAGCCGAUGGAAAACGGCCCUCGGAGGGUAACUAAGGAAAGUUCUUGAAGCGUAGUCGUUUUGCGUUGUAUUUGUUGUUUACCUGUUUCAUCUUUUUUUUACCAGCCAGUAAAAGACAUACUACCGCCUGUCACGGUGUAGCAGUCAUAGAAUUUACUGACCGAGAAUCUUUCAUGUCCUUCAUUGGACGUAAUCCUGAAUCCUGCCCCGGGUAACGAGUGCAGUUCUCUUUGGCAAUCUAUGCCACCGUACUAAUAAUAGUAGUAGUGACACACAUACAGCUACGAUAUGACUUAUUGAGUAUCCAAUGCACAAGUUUCCCGAUCAAUUAUUCCAUUUGUGUUCUUCCUGGCCUAGAAACAAAAGCUAUAUAUAAGGGUACUCUCAUCUGACAUCAAUAUCAAAAGU